AUGGCUUCAACCAAAUCAACGAAAACAAAUGUCUUUACUUUACGAUGUGACAACCAUCCCGAUGCUGAUCUUGUAGAAUCUUCCGUGCAGAUGACAUCCUGGGGAUGUCAUCUGCACGGAAUGUGGGCUGUCGGUGCAGCUGAGAAUGAACUGUUCGAGGGAUCCAACAUUUCAACGUGCAUCACCAUGGGGUCGGGUUCUUCCAACAUCAAUGAAGAUGGUAAACCCAUUUACAAAAACAGAAGAACUAUGAGCAGUGGUGAUCGGGUCCUGACGAUCGCCUUCAAAGAGAUAACUCAGAUGGCCGAGAGGUUGAAUAUCCCUUAUGCGAUUGCUGACCGAGCAAAAACAAUCUUCAGACAAGUUCAAGACUCUAAAUCUUUGAAGGGCAGGAGUAAUGACACCAUACCAAGUGCGUGUAUGUACAUUGCCUGCAGACAAGAGGGAGUACCUAGAACCUUCAAAGAACUGUGUGCUGUCUCAAAAGCAUCUAAGAGAGAUAUUGGACGAACGUUCAAAUUGAUUGUCAGGAUUAUCGACACAAGUGUGGAUGUGGUCUCAACCGGGGACUUUAUGUCGAGAUUCUGUACAGUUCUCGGCCUGGCUUCUUUUAUCCAGAAAGCGGCCAUUCACAUAGCUGAUAAGGCUGGCUCACUGAACAUCGUUGCGGGACGUAGUCCAGUAUCCAUCGCAGGGGCAGCAAUAUACAUGGCUUCUCAAGCCUCUGAUGACAAAAAAACAGCUAAUGAAAUUGGAGAAAUAAGUGGGGUUGCAGAAACGACAUUGAAGCAUGUCUACAAACUCAUGUACCCCAGAGCCAAUGAUCUUUUUCCUGAGGACUUCAAAUUUUCAGUGCCUAUCGGUUCAAUGCCAUCAAUGUGA